GAGGGAAGGAAAAAAACCUAUGGUGACCGUGAAGGCCCUGAUGCCAUGUAUGUCAAAUUGAUAUCGUCUGUUGGUCACAAAGUUAUUGUAAAAAGAGAAUAUGCAGUAACAUCAAUAACAAUAAAGGCUAUGUUGAGUGACCCAGGUCAGUUUGCUGAAAAUGAAAUCAAUGAGGUCGGUUUUAGAGAAAUCUCUUCACAAGUGCUAUCAAAAGUAUGCAUGUAUUUUACAUACAAGGUUCACUACACUAACAGCCCCACAGAGAUUCUCAGAUUCGCAACUGCACCUCAGAUUGCACCAGAAUUGCUGAUGACUGUAAACUUCCUAGAUUGUUAA